AUGAUAGAAUUAGAAGAACUGCUUUCAAAUGCAACAGCUCAAAGAAGUUUGUUAAAAAAGCAAAAUAUUGCUAAAGAUCAGCUUGAUGAACUAAAUUCAUUACUUAAUAUUACAUAUAAUCCUGAAAGAAGAAACAUGCUGCUAUUCAAGCCAAAAGUUAAGAAAAAAAAUGAAGAGCUUUGGAAGAAAAAGAAGAAGUUGUUAGUGCUACUAAAAAAAGAUAAAAGAAAGUUAUUAAAGCAAAUUGAUUCAUUACAAUCUAAAAGACAUCACUACUCUAUGUCAAUUCAAGUAAACUCUGUGUUAAGAAAUGAAAUGCCAAAACAUAUUGAUGAAUAUUAUUGUUUGCAUAUAGUUAAAGGUGCCAAACAGUUUGCAUAUUCUUUUGCUUCUCAUUCUGUAAUUAUAUUACAGGAUGAUAAAGCAAAAGUUCCCCUAGAUAUCUCAGCUGUUGGUAGAACAUUCAAGACUUUACAAACUGUCCAAGAACCAGUAACUAUACCCGAUCAUAACUUUUCAAAAGGAAAAAAACAAAAAUUAAUUCCUUCAGUUUACCUUACAAUUGAUAUAAACAAUUCUGAUAAUUCAUUACAUAAUGCAUUAAAGUGUAAAGAUGAGGUUAAGCCAAUUCUGGUCUUGUUAGUAGAUGAUUAUUUUAUCAUCCAGACUCAUAUCUCAGGACAGUCCAUCUACAAUCCAGUAGAAUGUAAUAUGUCAACCCUUUCAGGGAAGUUGGCAGGUAUUGUUUUGCCUAUUAACCAUUUUGGCUCUCAUCUUAAUUCUAGUGAUGAUGUUAUAGAUAGUAAGUUGGCAAAUCAAAACUUUAAUUAUGCUGGUGAAAGAUUGUGUGAUAUUUGGCAACAGGACUAUAUUUAUGAAAAAGAAGUGUUAGUUGAAUAUGUUAAUCAAGAAGCUAACAUUUUUAGUGAAGUUUCAACUGAAGAAGCAUAUGUCUUGUUAGAUGAAAAUGAUGGAUUUUUACCAUCAGCUACCAAAG